UUGCUGAAAAUUCAAAUUACGUCAACCCCGGGGAGACCCGACGGACCUCAGUUAGCAGGGGGUUCAGAUCCCAUCUGCUCUGGAGCCUCUGGGCGAGAGAGGAAGCGGCUCCGGACGGGGAGCACAGUGACAACUGGAGAAGGGAAGGCAGCCUUUCCUCCCUAGGGAGCAGAGGCGGUCCUGCGGACAGAGGGAACCUGCAGAGGGCGGUUUCUGUCCUCUUUUCCUGUCCCACCCAGGCGGCCUGGCCCCCACCCCCACUCUGGCUGGCCUCCGCCGCUAACUCUGCGCGUCUGUCCUCGGCUUCUUCCCUCGCGGGGUCCUCCGCCCGUCCCUCUCGCUCGGCCUCUCCGAGCCGCCGCGAAUCUCUGCGGUUCCCGCCCCCGUCGAGUUCAAAAGGACCCGCGGAGCGGCGUCGGGCCCUGCCCGGCAGCCUGUCCGACUGGUAAGAAGUUUCUUAGGUAAAAGUUGGGGGCCCUGUGAACGGGUCGCAAAGGUGGCACACCCCAGAUACGGGGGACCCCGGAUCUGCUCUUGGAGAGAGAUUGUUACCUGGAGCCUGAGGAGAUACUCAGAGAGACCCAAAGAGAAGGGUUGAAGACAAGCGAGCUAUCUGCCUCUCCUGCAAGGUACUUAACCCUUGGCAGCAAUGACUGACCUCCCGACUACGCCUUCUCCUGGAGAACUGACCACCCCGCUUCUGCAGGCCACUGAGGCCCUGUCCCCAGAAGCUGAAGAAGCCAGCACAGCACUUAUUGCAGUUGUUAUCACCGUGGUCUUCCUCACCCUGCUCUCGGUCGUGAUCUUGAUCUUCUUUUACCUGUACAAGAACAAAGGCAGCUACGUCACCUACGAACCUGCAGAAGGCGAGCCCAGCACCAUCCUCCAGAUGGAGAGUGACUCAGCCAAGGGCAGAGAGAAGGAGGAGUAUUUCAUCUAAUGAUUCUCAGCCCCAAGGAGCUAAUUCCCAGCUCCAGGGCUAACACAUCAACUAUUUAUUAGGGGAAAGUUUUUAUCUGAAGCCAGUGAGUGACACUGAUGUGGGCAAUUCCAAGCUCCUUCCAGGGCAUAGGCCCAAAUGCCAACAGGACUGAACUCCCAGUCCAUGACCAGGGACAUGGAGAAAACUGCUUGUUUUUAACCAGGCCAUGUAAUAGAGUUGGUGUUUGUGACUUGCCAACAAGGUGGGGCUAUGCUAGGGAACAUUUGAGUAUGUGCCUUAACAGGUUGAAGGGAGGAAAAAGAGUGUCACUGGCUAUACUCUUGUCCCCUUACCUGGUCACCUAGCUAUAGCCCUAGUGGAGAUAUCCACAGAAUUUCUUCUGAGAGGCUCAAUAUUAUAGGAGAAGCCUGCUAGGAGGGAUAGGAGACUCAGAGGAUCUUACCUCCUGAUAAAUGUGCUGCAUCCCUUGGUUUGAGCCCCCUUUUCCAUGUUCCCCAACAACCUUAUGCUAUUUUUAGCCAAAUUAAACUUUUUGAUAUAAAAAUCA